AUGAGAAAGAUGAUGAAGAUGAUGAACAAGGAAAUUAAGGUGUAUCUUUUAGUCAAUUCAUUUGUGAUCCAAUUGUUGAAAGUUUUCUUAAAACUUUGGAUCAAGAAACGAGUUGAAGAUGAUGUGAAUGAGAAUUUGACUGGUUUUGAGAAAAAUGAAUUUGAUGACAGGACUGUAAAUUUGGGUGAGGAUGAUAAAGUUAUUGUAGCAAAGAAGGAUGGAGAAGGUGAAGAUGUUGAAGUUGAUUUGGAUUUAGGGAAAGCAAUAGAAUAUUUUUCAAAUAAAAACAAAGAUGGAGAUGGUUUAGAAAUUAUACAAUUGAAGGAUUCAAGGAGCCUCAAUCAACUGCAAAAGGAUAAAGUGGAAGGGAAAGUUGAGAAGUUUUCUGUUCCAAGUUUUAGUCUUGGAUUUAGUCAAGAUUCUGAAGGUUCCAAUAAGUCAUCUCAAAGUCAAAGUUCUUCUGAAUGGAUGACAAAGAAAAAGAUUAAGGAUAGAGUUUAUUUGAAGAAACCAAGUGCUGGUCCAGAGUGUGUUAUUCCAAAUGCUGAUGUUAUUGAUGCUAGUCCUGUUUCUUUUGCACCCCCUUUGGACUUUGUCAUUUGA